AUGACUGAGACCGUGAAAGAGUUGGAGGAACGACAGGCUAAGCACCAGGCGAGCCUGUUGCCAUUGACCUUCUAUGGAAGUCACCGUGGGCACAAAAAAUCGAAUUUCGACAUGGAACAUUCCGAAAGCACUUCUCAGCCAUCACUCCGAAUUCCUCCGCGCGGCCUGCAACGGACCUUGGGGCUUGAGAACAAGAUAUGCCUGCCAGAAUGCGAUCCUCAAUACUUCCAGAUCUUUGUGCAGUGGAUCUACUUCGGCAACCUUCCUACUUUUCUCGAAUUUACAGAACAUGUGAGAUUCUCUAGAGGCUUUCCCCUCUGGGUCAUGGGCGAUAUGCUUAUGGCUCAGUCGUUCAAGGGCCACGCCAUGGAAAAGAUAUAUCGCCGUGUGAGGUGUGCCUGGCUCUGUAAGAUCAUGGCGAAUGAGGUAGAAUACUGUUGGAACCACACUACCCCGGGCAGCCUCCUUCGCAAAUUCACUGUGGACCUAGUGGCCCAGGAUGUCAUGCAUAAUACCUUUAUUGGAAAGUCCAAGGAGUGGCAGCAACUCCUCCAAACACACUCAGAUCUUCAAUGCGAGGUACUGUCCACUAUAGCCAAGUCGACCCCGAACAGGUCCGGAGAGCCUGAGUACAAGCCAGUGUCGGAGUAUCUGGAGGAUCCAAAAGCAGAAGAGUAA